UCCUCGAACUCGUGCUUCCCGCCCUCGAACUAUCCCGUCCUGCCACUUAAGACAUCCUCGCAUCCACCUUGGUUGGCAUCCCAACCAGAACACCGCAACCAUGGCAAGAUCAACGGGCUUCUUCCACCACAUCGGCACCUUUCUCCUCUUCGCCGCCACCAUCCUACUCAUCGUAACAUGCAUCUCGGCCCCCGUGGUCCACAACCUGUCCCUACUCAGGGUCGACCUAGGCGGUGACAAUGGCCGCGGCGAGUCCAUCACUUUGGGCACUUUUGGCUAUUGCCUGAACCGCCCUGAAGCAGAGGAUUCCUGCUCCCAGUCCAGCGUCGGCUACUCCCCCGCCGCGGUCAUGGCCUCGGAGGACGGCACCGAGUUCUCCGACUACGCGGAGCGCACGACGCGGGCGCUGACCAGGGCCAUGAUCCUGCACCCGAUCGCGUGCGGCCUCAACUUCAUCGCCUUCCUGCUCGCCCUGGGCGCCGGCAUGAUCGGCUCCUUCCUGGCCUCCAUGGUCGCCCUGCUGGCCUUCCUGACCACCGCCGUCGCCUGCAUCAUCGACUUUGUCAUGUUCAGCAUCGUCAGGACCAACAUCAACGACCGCGGCGCGGCUACCGGUACCGGGGCGUACUAUGGCGCCGCCGCCUGGACUAUUCUUGUUUCCGCUAUCUGCUCCCUGAUCGGCGCUGUUGUCGUCUUCUUCACCUGCUGCUCCGCCCGCCUGCACCGCCGCCGGGGGACUACCCACAAGACCGAGUACGCGUCGCCCCCGAGGAGGGGGCGCUUUUGGUAGAUGCUUGACUAGACAUCUGUCUUUUUGAGCGUGGACUGGUGGGUGACGAUAUUGGGAUUGGAGGGGGGUAAUGUUUGGUGAUGUGUGUUGAGCGAUGAUACCACUGUUGUUAUACUAUGAGAGUAGGUUCCGGGGAACCAGGGAGUUGGUCAGCUUUGGUGGGAGGAGAGGUUUCAUGUGUUUACAGAUACCACGACGUUAUUGUGUUUUUCCGUUUUGUAUACAAGUACCUGCUACGACGACUGUCAUUAUGAAUACCAACAAUCAUAACCAAUUUCCGUGUUAUUAAUAAUUAGCGCUUGCUGU